UUGGCCGGCUCCGGUUUGGGUAAAGAGCAGGACAGCACUGUUUAUAAGCCUUCUUUCCGAGAAGUCAGGGGCCACUGAGGGCAAGUGAAGAAACGAAAGUGAAAUCAGCUGCUGGUGACCUCAGCACGAGUGGGCCGAGGUUCAGAGAGCUGUUUACUCUGCGAGGUACCACGGCAAAUGCGGGCAGGUCGCGGCUCGGAUCUGCCUGGGGUGCCAGCCCCGCUCCCGGGGCCUGACGCGAGCAAGCCAGUGAGAAAGAACAAACGGAACCUGAGCUCCUGCUCCCCGGCUCAGGAGUGUUUCUGUGGGCUCUGCAUCUCCCCUUGGUCCCCUGGAGGGUGGCCCUGCCGAGAACAAGAGAAGAUGAGCCUCCCCAGACCCAGGCGCGGCGGCCAGCUGCUGUUCCUGAGCAUCGUGGUCCUCGUGGUCGUGGCCAUCUUCCUGCUGUUCUACGCUCUCCUCUGGAAGGCGGGCGACCUCAUCAACUUGCCCCACCUGAGAAUCGGCUUCUACAACUUCUGCCUGUGGAACGAGAGCGCGGGCGGCCUGCAGUGCCACCAGUUCCCUGAGCUGGAGGCCCUGGGGCCGCCUCAGGGCGCCCUGGCCCUGGCCAGGCUCGGCGUGUACGGGGCCCUGGUCCUCACCCUCUUUGUCCCCCUGCCUCUGCUCCUGGCCCGCUGCAACAGGAGCGAGGGCGAGUGGCACCUGGCCGUGUGCUUCCUGGCGAUGGCCUCCAUGCUGCUGGCCGGGGGCCUGGGCCUCUUCCUCACCUACACCUGGAAGUGGGUCACGCCCUCCCUCCUGGGGCCUGGAUUUCUAGCUCUGGCUGCUGCCCAGGCCUUGCUUGUCCUCCUGCUGAUGGCCACAGUCAUGUUCCCCCAAAGGGCAGAAGAUGACAAGAGCAGGCUGGAGAGCUGCUAGUCCUGCCCGGAGGCUCCCAUGACGGCCAGGGCUGUUUGGAGGAGGCUCAGGCGCCAGAGGACUCAUGGGUUGGUGUUUUCGCAGCCACCCUGCUUCGUAGCUGACACUGAUCUCCAGAUUGAGCAGAUGGGCCCCACUGAGGACGGGGCAGUGAGGGUGUCUGGGCCCUGGGCUUCUUAGUGUUGGCUUGUCUGUCCUUUGGGACUGCUAACACCACGUAGCUCCAUGUCACGAGAACUACUUUAUAACUGAUCUGAGCAAACCAUUCUUCAUUCUCAGGAUGGUGGCCAGAGAAGGGCUCCUGUUCCAGGGCCAGAUUUCCAGGAUGAUUGGCCACAGGCCAAAAUGAGACCCAGGGAAGGUUCAUGGCGACAAAUGGGGAACACGGAGAGCACCUCAGUGUCCGGGGCCCUGGUUAGCAAGCUUCCCCCUUCCCACCCCUCCCAAAGGCACAGGAGAGAUCUCAGAGGGAGUCCCUGAAGUUCCCCUGAGUAAGGCUGCUGGACCCCAAGCCGGACAGCAGGGGAGUGAGUUGGCACGCCGUUCCUAACGUGGGAGCUGGGAGUCUGGGAGCAGAGCAUGCCGAAACCUGGGGGGGCAGGGAGGGUGAACAGGACUGAAUGGUUCCACAAACGCUGCGUCCCUUCACUGCUCAAGCUAGACCUAGAAAGGACACAAGCACCACUUGUGCAUGGGGAACUGGACUUUCAGCGCUGCGUAUUGAAGAGACUAUAGCAACGGCCGCCUCACUCUCUGCCUGCCAAAAGCCACGCUGACUACAGGGGCAACGUGGACUCUGCCCUGACCUCCUGUCCUCGCGUCCACUUUGGGAGCCUGCCCCACACGCGCUUUCAGAGUGGCCAGGGAUCCAGGCCAAGGCCGCCAAGUACAAGGAAGGGGGCAGCUCAGGAGAGGAGGCCUGCCUGAUGGGUAGAAGGGCUUGGACCAAAGGUACCCCGGGAGCGCUAAGCUCCCAGACAGAGCAGAGCACUGUGGGCAGAAUGUCUUCAGGGCUAUGAGGGAGGCUCGGGGAUUGGCUGGCUGCCUGUGAGGGAAACUUUAAAUUCGGCUUCCUCCUCACGGAGAGAGGGUGCUGCCUAAACUGGACAAUUCUGGUGUAUUGGGCAGCCAUACUUUUUUCUGUUUGAAAGGUAUUAAAUUGAUUCCUUGGUGCCAA